AUUUACGGGGACGUGAGCAGGGACGGAUGUCAAUUUUUUUCCAAGGGGUGGAAAAAGUGCAAGUUUUUAACAGACAUACAACGCAACGUGGUUAAUAAAUUGUGAUUACUUUGUGUAAUAUUGGAAGACUAUAUUUUUUGCAAUCUAGCACUCGUGAUGUAAACGAUUUAAAGACUUUUGUACCCCCAAACGACGCUUUUGAUCCGUCCCUGAAAUUAUACCUGACAAGAAGAAUUUGCAAGGCCAAGGAGCAGUCCAAUCCGAUCCGAUCCGAUCAGAGUCUAGAGAAGGGAAGAGGAAGAGGUAGAGGCUAACGCUAGGCUAUACACAUUUGCCAUAGAAGGAAGUUCGUAAUGUCUGAUCUUGGAAGCGGUGACGAAGGCAUUUCAGGAUCAAAAUAUAAUGCAAGCACUAUGGAAGGUUCCUCCAAUAGAAACGACUUCGACUCCACUGGCAAAGCAGGUAGCGCCGUGGAACAAGAGUUGGCCACAAAAAUGCUUCAAAUACAAUCAAAACGAUUUUAUCUGGAUGUAAAACAGAAUCGUCGAGGACGUUUCAUUAAAGUUGCUGAGAUUGGCGCUGAUGGCAGACGCAGUCAAAUAUACUUGGCGCUUUCGACUGCCGCUGAGUUUCGCGACCACCUUUCGUCGUUCAGUGAUUACUAUGCUUCUUUAGCUGGUCAAAACACAGGCCCUCCAAACACAGACAAUUUACCGGAGGAUGGUAAAUUAAAAUCCGAGAUGAUGAUCAAGGAUAAUAGAAGAUAUUAUUUGGACUUAAAAGAGAAUGCUCGUGGACGUUUUCUUCGGGUCUCUCAGACUAUUACAAGGGGUGGUCCUAGAUCUCAAAUAGCAUUACCAGCUCAAGGCAUGAUAGAAUUCCGUGACGCGUUGACAGAUUUACUCGAAGAGUUUGGGUCGAAUGAUGGCGGAUUCAAAGGCGAAUUGCCAGAGGAACGUCACAUGAAGGUGGAUAACAAGAACUUUUAUUUUGACAUUGGACAAAACAAUCGCGGAGUUUAUAUGCGUAUAAGUGAGGUUAAAAAUAAUUUUCGAACUUCGAUAACUAUCCCUGAGAAGUGCUGGACACGCUUUCGUGAUAUUUUCAAUGAUUAUUGCGACAAAAUGAAAAAAUCGUCCGAUUCAAUCACUGCCGAUAAUAAUUUAGCGACAACUGCAAAUAGCCUAAAAUAAACUGGAUGGCAAGGAUACGUGAUUUCAGCAAUUAUGAUAGUUAAUGCACCAUAUAUAUUGUAAACAAAUGUAAUGAAAUGCUGUUUUUAUUUCUGCCCUCAAAUCGAAACAAAACAUACCGAACCUGAAUUUUAAAUUUCCAAAGUAGGAAUAGCGUAAGCUUAUCGGCUUUAAUUGGAAAUUUCGUAUACGUCCAAGACGGAUAUAUGACAUGGCAAUAGACCCUUGACAACUUGUUUGUGUUUGAGUGCGCAAACUAAAACAGCUUAAAUACUAACAUAUAUAUAUGCACCCACAUGUCUCGAUACGAUAACAUACAUGGCUAUGGCUUUGCAUAUGUGUUUAGAUCAUCGGAUGCAUGUGUGUGAAUAUAUGUGUGUGGUACAUACAUAUAUUUAUUUAUAAACAUAUAUAUAUUGUAGCAUUUAGCAAAUAACGAACGUAUUAGUAAUUUUUAAUUUUGCCCCAUUCUAAUUUAUUAAAUUAACUAACAGUUUAAUGUUAAAUAGGGGUAUUUAUAUACCUAUAUAUAUAUAAAUAUAUAUAUGUAUGUAUGUAUAUGAAGAUACACAUAUAAGCAUAUGCAAUUGGAUACAUAAUCCAUUGGAUCCUUUUAUCACUCUCAGCUUAUGUUGCAAUAAUUAAGUUAAUUGCUCAUACUGAGGUCACACAUUCAAAUCGGGGAGUGCAACCGAAACAUACAUUGGCACAUAUUUUUUAUUAUUAUUUUCUUGUUUUCUCUUUAAAAUUCAUUUUUAUCAUAUCCGUUAACGAAUACAGAAACCAUUUAAUCGUUUUAGUUUUUGUUAGUUAAUGAAUCGUAUUUUAAUACUAAAGAAAUCUGGUUUCGGUUAUGAAGUGAUUGAUCCCAUCGGCUACCGAUAAAUUCAAUAUAUUCUACAGCCUUGCGGUUGCAUUCCCUGCCCCAAAUAUAUAUGAUAUGGCAUUGUUCUGAAGAUUGGCUAAAAAUCUGUGUAAUGUGUAUGGCUCUAUGGACCAAUAAUGCCCACUUGCAGAAUGCCGUAUUUUGACUAUUGUUAAUGUCGUAUUCUUGUGUUUUUGCUAGUUGCUAGUUAAGUAUGGAGUCGGAUAGAUCGGAACUAGAAGAAAUGAGAAUCAUCACACCACUUCGUAGUCGAUGCAUCUCGUAUAGUCUAAUUCAGGUUGAUGUAAUUUGAAAAUUUUAUAGUAUAUAUGUACGUUACAAAUUGUUAAAGCUUCUAGAAUUAAUAAUAAUCGGGAUUGUUUUGGGUUCCGAUUUAUAAUUCCUCCGAAAAAUUUCGACGAUCUUAUUUGUAACUAUUAAAAAUCUACAUGAGUCUUAAAUCGGGCAAAUGUUUUCGGUAAAAAAAAAAACUCCAUACAUUUUGGAGGAAUUACAACUCGGAAGUCCGAACAAACCUGAAUAUGUUACACAUUACUACUACUAAAAACGUUUAUAAAACAAAAGUUUCAAUGUGAUCACGUAGAAUAAAACUUACUAGGUACGAUGCAUAGCAAAAUAAAAAGCAAAUUCGAAGCGCAUGUAAAGUCACCGCAAUCACUAAAUAUUUUAAUACACCGAAAUGAGAGCAAAAUAAAAGGAAUAAAAGACAACUCCAAUUCCAACUAGAGCCAAGAUUUAUGUGUAUUAUAAUAUGUACUAUAUUUGUGGUUAGUCGAUUCUAUUUGCCUCUGCGGGGCUUAUGCGCGCGCUUGUACAUAUAUCAAAACCAAUAUAUGUGUAUGUAUAUGUAUUGGAAUGGUAUUGAAAACGAAGAACAACCAAAACAAAUUAAUUAGUGUUAAACUGUUAUGUAUCAGAUUUAGAUUUCAGCUUAGUCAAUGCAAACUACCUACAUCUAUCCUCCCCCUCCCGAUAAAGUGUUUAUUAUUAUUAAUGAUAACGAUGGAAAAGAAAAUUAAGAACUAACAUGGGCGCUACUUCAUUACAUACAAAAUAGUUGUUAUAUAAGCAAUAUAGAGAUUUCCAUCUACACAAUAUUUUUACGAUCAAAAAGUUCAUUCUGUGUUCUAGUGGCGGAUAUAUUU